UAUAUUCGGGCCAACUAAUUAUAAUUUUUAGCCCACUCAACUUGUUGUAGAUCUCUCUCUCCUUGAGCUUCCUCACCUCUUCUUCAUUUGUGUAAGCGGUUUUCAUCAGCAGCCAGACGCACUUUAACGAUCUACCUGACCAUCAACCAGGAAGAGACUUGCUCAUUACCAUGGCAAGCAGAAGCGCUUUCAGAUUUGUGUCUCGCAGGUUCUCUAACGGAAAAGUUCUCAGCGAAGAGGAGAAAGCUGCUGAGAAUGUUUUCAUCAAGAAAAUGGAGCAAGAGAAGCUUGAGAAGAUAGCAAGACAGGGUCCGGGAGAACAAGCAGCAAGUGGAGCCAAGGCUAGUGGUGGUGGUGGUGGAACAUCAUCAGCAUCGGCUGAAUCAGGGCCAAAAGUGUCAGAAGACAAGGACAGAAACUAUGCAGUGGUGGCGGGUGUGGUGGCUGUCGUUGGUGCCAUUGGUUGGUACAUGAAAUCAGGUGGAAAGAAGCAGCAGCCAGAGGUUCAAGAGUGAAAGAUUGAUGGGAGUAGCGAGUGAAUAAAACAGAAGAGACUGGCUUUUACUCCUUCCUCUCUUGUGAGAAACUCUGGAAUUGCUACUUGUCUCUCUUUUCUUUUGGUUUUGGUUUCAAAAUCUUGAAUACAGUUUGUUGACAUUUAUUUUGGAAUCUUUAACUACAUACAAGACUCUUCUGCUC